GUUGUUGUAAUCAUUUCCCAUUUCUGAUUUCCCCACCUUCUCUCCUUACAAAUCCAUGGAGCUACCCGCCGGGAAAAGUAGCUCCACGGCGCAAAAAUGUCCGAAGAUAGUAAUGUUUGCCUUCAUAACAUUGGUAGCAAUAACGUUGGUGCCAGUGUUCCGGUCGUUCAAUAAAUACCCAAAUCUCGCCACCCUCGAUGCGUUGUCGGAGGUGUCGCCGCCGUACCACGGGAGGGAGGAGGAGGAGGAGAUCGAGAUCAAGGAGGACGACGAGGGGUGCGACAUCUUCACCGGAGAAUGGGUGCCCAACCCGAAUGCCCCGUAUUACACCAACGCCACGUGUUGGGCGAUCCACGAGCACCAGAACUGCAUGAAAUACGGGCGGCCGGACGAUGGGUUCAUGAAGUGGCGGUGGAAGCCCGACGGCUGCGACAUGCCGGUGUUUAACCCCUUCCAGUUCUUGGACAUCGUUAGGAACAAGUCUUUGGCUUUUGUCGGAGACUCUGUCGGACGAAACCAUAUGCAAUCCUUGAUAUGCCUCUUGUCUCGGGUGGAGUAUCCGAUCGACGUUUCAACGUCGAAAGACGAAAACUUCAAACGAUGGAAGUACACGACGUUCAACUUCACGAUGGCGACGUAUUGGUCGCCGUUCUUGGUGAGGGCGAACCAGGCGAGUUCCGACGGGCCGACUCACACCGGGCUGUUCAACCUCUACCUAGACGAGGCGGACGAGGAGUGGACGACAGAGAUCGAGGGAUUCGACUACGUGAUCAUAAACGCCGGCCACUGGUUCCACCGUCCGGGGGUGUACUUCGAGAACGGGCGGCGAGUGGGGUGCCGGUUCUGCCAGAUCGAGAACGUCACCGACCUCCCGAUGGCCUACGGCUACCAGAUGGCGUUCAGGACGGCGUUCAAAGCCAUAAACGCGCUAGAGCACUACAAGGGCAUCACGUUCCUGAGAACGUUUGCGCCGUCGCAUUUCGAAGGCGGGGAGUGGAACGACGGGGGGAAUUGCGUGCGGCGGAAGCCGUUGAGGAGCGGUGAGGCGGUGCUGGAGGGCGGAGACAUGGAACAAUACCUGGCGGAAAUGGAGGAAUUCAGGGCGGCGGAGAGGGAAGGGAAGAAGAAGGGGUUGCGAUACAGAUUGCUGGACACGACGCAGGCGAUGUUGAUGCGGCCGGACGGACAUCCUAGUCGGUAUGGGCAUUGGCCGCAGGAGAAUGUAACGUUGUACAAUGAUUGUGUGCAUUGGUGUCUGCCUGGUCCCAUUGAUUCUUGGAGUGAUUUCUUUCUUCAUACGUUGAAGAUGGAGGGUAGAAGAAGUUAUAAAGAAAAGCUUCAACUUCUGCAACAGGAAAACAUAUAAUCCGAUCGAUCCACCAGUCCAGCACCAAAUCCUUGUUCCUUUUAACUUUGUAUCUUUUAAAUUCCUUCAUAAUUAAGGGUUUUGUAUUAUCAUUAUCUCACUUGUAGUGUCUUUAAUCUCGAUCAGCAUGUAUUGUGGAAAGGAAAAAAAAACUUGUUGUAUACAAAUGUGUACCACUAUCAGGUGACUUGACUUCACAAUUUUUUAUGUU